UUUGGCAACGAUGUUUCUUAACGAUAUUAUGUUGCUAAAUCUGCAUUUUGCUCAAAUUUAAUACAACUUUUGUUUUAGAUUAACCACAGUGGCGGCUGCGCGUGUUUUCGCGACACUUAAAAAAAUAGGUUGGUUCUGUUUAAAUGAAGAACUACAAACAUGGCGGCCGACUACGUCAGCCGCUGUCAGAAUCAAGAGUGUUUGUCGGGGAGGGUGUGUAGUAAAAGUGAAAGUGAGGCGUAGGAUGGGUCCAACUCUCUUCGGAGUUCUUGUCGAGAUGGCUUUGGGUUCACUUCUGCUUGACGUUUGCCUGAUGAUGGCGUGCGUCCUGAGCACGGCGCGCUGCUCCGACGUCGAGCAAAGUGGAUGCCCUUGCUCGGAAAUCCCUGAGUGGAAUCUGACUGAACGGCCGCCGGACUGCCAGAAGCUCAACAGGACUUUCCGCUACACCUGCAUCAAAGGCUACGUGAGGACGGCGGGCACGUCCAACCUCGUCAAAUGUUCAUCAGGUUCUUCUAAGUGGACCACACCCACCCUCGUAUGUAAACCUGACCCAAGAAGCGCCACGCCAACAGUUUCGAACCACGCCGACGAAGAUCAUCACAAAACGACAUCGGACCCCCCUUUUUUACCGAUGGACAGAGUGGAUGACGGCGCUUCUCAUUCACAAGUCGGCGUCGACAUCGGUGGAUCUGCGGUCGCUGUGGUGUCAGCCGUCGGGGUUUUCAUUGCAAUUGGGAUCUUUGUUUGGUGGAAAAGGAGAGGACCAGGAGCUAACAAUCGGUCGCAGACAACAGAAGAGGAAAUACGGUUGAAUGAUGUUGCCAACUAGUAUUGAAAAGCAGGUAAAAAAUAAUUGGGGCGCCAGUUCUCCCCCAAAUAUAUAUAUAUGGCGGAAAACACUCAGGUGACUUGAAGUUCCGCUCCGAGACACCCAAUUUAGCCAACUUUCAAAAUUGUCCGAUAUGCAUGUGUGAUACAUCCUUGGAAAACUUAAAAUCUCAAAAAAUUAAAAAAUGUUUUUUUAACAGCAAAACCCUAUCUCGAGGUGAGAGGACGCAAGAGCAGAAUUACAGACGCCAUGACUUUAACGAGAUAUUGUCGCGUACUUACCUUGUUUCGAUCCAAAAACUCCCAUGUAGCAUGUGUCACUGAGUGUCGGGCCACAGCUGGAUUUUCUGGGGAUUUUAUGGGUGAAACAUGGUAAUAUAACAAGGAUUGCGAUGCAGAAAUCUCAGACAUCAAGGAGUGGUCAAGAUUUUCUUUUUACAUAUUUACCCUUUCAAACGUUUUUUUUUUUUCCAAAUGUUCUUUUUUGGAUCGAUUAUUUAUCAUCUUACAUAUCAGAGAAAAGGUGGCAGUAACAAAAAAAUACAAUUAAGCGAUAGUUAUGAGGUAGAUAUCGGUGACUUAUUUACAGACGCCAAAGUUUUCAUUGUGACGUAAUUUGUUUAAAAGUUUAAAAUAUGUGAGUGAAUAAUUUUUCAAAGUCGUUUUUUUUUUUUUUUUUUUUUUUUAACUAAAUAUUAGACAUGAAUUAAUGAUUCUAAGUGGGGUUGUUCCGAUCAUGUUUUAUUGCUCCCGAUCUGAUCCCGAUUGUUUUAGUUUGAGUAUCAGCCGAUCCCAAUAUUUCCCGAUCCGAUUGCUUUUUUUUUGCUCUCGAUUCAAUUCCAAUCAUUCCCGAUCAUAUACAUUUUGGCAUUGCAUUAAGAAAAAAAUGAAUAAAACUCGGACGAAUAUAUACAUUCAACAUACAGUACAUAAGUACUGUAUUUGUUUAUUAUGACAAGAAAUCCUCAAGAUGGCAUUUACAUUAUUAACAUUCUUUCUGUGAGAGGGAUCCACGGAUAGAAAGACUUGUAAUUCUUAAAGGAUAAAUGUGACUUUGUAUAUUGUGACUAAAUAUUGCCAUCUAGUGUAUUUGUUGAGCUUUCAGUAAAUGAUACUGCGGUCAUUUAACUUCUGCCCAAAUGCAUGAUGGGAAGUGCAACCAUGACUGUGCGUAGGGGCACCAAUUGAUAUAUCUUCUCUGCAUUGGGAAAGAACGUAGGGUGUUAAGAAAAUGAUCAACUACUACCUUUCAUCCCCACAUUGCCUCCCACAUUAUUAUUAAUUUCUGAGAAAGGUAUUGUAAGGCUUUAGCCACAUUAAAAAAAUGGCUCCAAAAGCUGUCAAAAUUCUCUCUACUCAUUAUACACUGCCUUUUAGUGCUAUCUAUAGGUAAAACGGCAUCUUUAUAGACAGAAUGUGACAAUGUGUGAGUGGGUUGUGCAGCGCAUGCGUUAAUUACUUAACGUGAUUAAUUUUAAAAAAUUAAUUACCGCCGUUAACGCAAUAAAUUUGAUAGCCCUACUUUAAGCCAAAACUACUCUGGAUGAGUGUAAAACAUUUUGUCUGUCACGUUAAAUACAAUUAGAAAACGGUUUAAAUACAAAAUAUAUAUAUAUUAAAAAAAGGCAUGUCCGAUAUUUUUUUGCCAAUUCCGAUACUUUGAAAAUGACGUGAUCGGACAUCUUUAAUUCUAAGCUAAAAAUGACAGAUUUUGAAUAAUAAAUA